AUGAUUUCACGGUUGUUGGCAAGCUACAAAGGAGGAGCCGGUAUCAAAGCUGUACCCCAGUUGCGUGUGUUUGGCUCUGCCGUUUCAUACGCACCAGUGAGGUUCAACUCGCUCUUUAGCCCCUCUCCCGAUCCUAAAAACCUUGGGUCCAAGCAAGAAAAAAAGAGCAAAAUCGAUAUAGACGAGUUGUUGAAAAGCUCCAUCCCAGAGCUCUCUUUUAAGGAUACCAUGGACAAUCACUUUGGACUCGAGCUGAAUAGACAGCCCACUCCCAGGGAAGUUGCCAAGGGGAUAAGAGAAUUUGGGCCAAAUGCCGGAAGAAUCGUGGAAGUGUACCACCAAAACGUGGCAAAAUCAUUCAGCGCCAACCUGAGGUUAAACUCAACUAACAAGAUCAGAUACUUGCAGAAAAUCCAGUCUCGAUACAUCCGUCCUGCCAAAUACAGAAAGCAAUUGAGAAGAGAGUGGUGGAGAAGACACUUUUCUGCUGGAUUCAAAGACAUGAUGGCACAAGUCAACGAUGCAAGAAGAAGAGGAUACUAG